AUGUCUCUUCUCGCCAGCACAGCCCACCCAGUUCUCAACCCCGAUGUCAACCCACUUCUCCGCGUAUUCCUCAAGAAAACUUUCUAUGCCCAGUUCUGCGCGGGCGAGAAUGUUGCAGAAGUCCGGCAAACCAUCGCUUCUCUCAAGCAGAUCGGUUUCGCCGGUGUGAUCCUUGGUUAUGCUAAGGAGGUGGUGCUUACAGACUCGCAAAUGAAGGGGCUGGAGUCGUGCAUUUCUGGCUCUGUGGCAGAAGAGUGCGUUAGGAAUGAGAUUGGACCGUGGGCAGCUGGGACCAAGGAGACCGUCAUGCUGGCUUCUCCAGGGGAUUUCGUCGCGCUCAAGUUCACCGGCGCAGGUCGUCAGGCUCUCUAUGCUCUUUCCAAACGCCUUCCUCCUCCAGCCGCUCUGGCAUCUGCGAUCGACGACAUUUGCGAGCUCGCGGUAUCACGAGGCAUUCGUCUUCUCUUUGACGCCGAGCAACAGGCCCUUCAGCCGGGUAUUGACGAUUGGAGCUUGGAGUACAUGCGCAAAUACAAUACCCUUGACCGGGCAGUGAUCUUUGGGACCUACCAAGCAUACCUGAAGGCGACACCCACAACACUCAGCCGACAUCUUGCUGCCGCCAGCCAAGGAGGGUUUACUUUGGGUGUCAAACUCGUUCGUGGCGCUUAUCUCGGCUCUGACCCCCGGCAUCUUAUUCACGACACGAAGGCCGACACGGACUCGGCCUAUGAUAGCAUUGCAGAGGCUUUGAUGAAACAGCAAUGGAAGACUCCUCUUCAGCCUUCAUCCAGUGACAGAACGUCUUCGCCCUUCCCCAACGUUGCCCUCGUCCUAGCCACACAUAACCGGGAAUCUGUCCUCAAGGGCCGCACUUUGCUCUCUGAGGGUGGCAUCAAGACGGACGUGGCUUUUGCCCAACUCCAGGGCAUGGCAGACGAAGUAAGCUGCGAGUUGUUGACUACUGGCAAUGAAGAAGCGAAUGUGGAGAGACCACGUGCGUACAAGUACCUCGUUUGGGGCACCACGGGUGAGUGCAUGAAGUAUCUGCUUAGGCGGGCGCAUGAGAACAGGGAUGCGGUGCAGCGGACAAGAUCGGGGAGGGACGCCAUGCGGACAGAACUGUUGAGGAGGGUUAAGGGGUUGUUUGGGCUGGGUAAUUAA